AUGGCAUCGGCUCCACCGGAAGUCAGUAGUCAAUAUAAAGGCACAGGGUCCAUAUUCAACCAGCAAACCCCCGCGAACUCCGCAAGCUCCUCCAAGCCAACCGGAGACGAUGACCCGAAAGCCGCGCCAUUGCCCAAGGGUGUAGUCCUGGACAAAGAUGGAAAGCCCUGCCGCACCUGCACCUCCGUCGCCUCAUGGCGAGCAUUGACCAAGCAAGCCGAACUCAAGAAUGCAAACUCCAACGCUACCUCAUCCCCCAAUUCGAACACAGGCAAAAUGACGACCUCAACGCCAGCUCUGGCCGCCGCUGCAACCCCCUCCCCGAGCGAAACUCCCUCAGACUGCCCGCCAGACGUCGAAGAGCUAGGUCGCUCCACAUGGACACUAUUGCACUCGAUGGCAGCCACAUACCCCGAAAAGGCAGAUACGGAACACCAGGCUAAUAUGGGCGGGUUCUUGAAGUUCUUUUCAAAGCUGUACCCUUGCUGGGUGUGCGCGGAUGAUUUCCAGAGAUGGAUGGCGCAUCCGAGUGGGCGGAAUCAGCCGAGACUGGAGAGCCGGAAGGAGUUUGGGUGGUGGAUGUGCGAGGCGCAUAAUGAGGUCAAUCGGAAGCUUGGGAAGAAGGAGUUUGAUUGUCGAUUGUGGGAAGAGAGGUGGCGAACUGGGUGGAAAGAUGGUCGGUGUAAUUGA